AUGUUUGGGUAUCAAAAACGUUGUUCGGAGGGUCGAAAUUCAGUUCCAGACGGUUUCUGCUCAAACCGCAAGAUCCAAAGGGUUGACCUUGCGGCCCGCAAGUGGUGGGAAGUGGGGAAGAUGGGUAUGUAUUGGUACGACAGUGGUGGGGGGGGGGGGUUGGUUAUAGGGAAUUUUGGAGAGGAGGAAAUAAGUGGUGGUGGUGAUGGUGAGAGAGAGAGAGGGAAGAAACGCAAACCAGAGAAGAAUAACGUGAACGAAGACGAAGCAGCGAGAAGAACGACGACGAAUGAAGAGGUGAAAACCCAACACGAUGAACGAAGACGAACGAAGACCCAACGACUGAAGGUCUCUCUCUCUGUGGAACUAUAUGGGUUUGCAGAUAUGGAGAUGACAUUGUCAAGAUAUGGAGAUGGGGUUGUAUUCUUCGUUGUUCUCCUGUUGUCCGUGAGGUUCAUUUCUAGGAAUGGGACUGUAUUCUCUUGAUCAAGUGGAAUGGGCUGACUAAUCUCAUGGGGAAUGGUCUGUAUUCUCGGUUUGUUGGGUUGGUUUCAUGACUGACUAAUGGUACAUGUGUUGGAUUAUAAUUUGUAUUCCGAAGAUGGUUGACCGUGAGGUACUUGAAGAUGCUAAAGUUUGAUUGUAUCAUAGCCCUAGUUCAUUUUUUGUUGAAUUCAGUAUCUUGGGUGACCACAUUUUAAGUACACCAUAUUUUGGUACCA